CGACAGCUCGAUGCACUGUGCACACGCGCCAUGUUUAGUGGAAACAAAAGGUGCAAAUUCCAACUGCUUGGUUGCGGGAUACAUAAGAAUUGCUAUAGGUAGUUACCUUUAAUGAAAAAAAGAAACGGGUAUGAGAAGGGACUUUUGGGGGGGCUGAUUGGACUUGCUGGAAAUUGUUACAAUGCCCUUUCCUACUUCUAACCCAGGGCCAUUGGGUCGGGAGACGCCCAAGCACUAUGGGAUCACUUCUCCGAUCAGCUUGGCCCAAGCCAAGGAGGCUGAUCUGGUCCUCACACACAAGCUGACUGAGGCCCUGAAACCCUACGGGGUGUUUGAAGAGGAGCUCGAACUACAGCGCAGAAUACACGUUUUGGGGAAAUUGAAUACACUGGUGAAAGAGUGGAUCCGUGACAUCAGUGAAACAAAGAAUCUGCCUGCGUCAGUGAUCGAGACAGUUGGAGGAAAGAUCUUCACCUUUGGGUCCUACAGAUUAGGAGUUCACACAAAAGGUGCUGACAUUGACGCUCUGUGUGUGGCUCCUCGUCAUGUGGAGAGAACCGACUUCUUCACUUCGUUCCUGGAGAGGCUAAAGGAGCAAGAGGAGGUGAAGGACUUAAGGGCUGUAGAAGAGGCGUUUGUCCCAGUGAUUAAGCUGUCGUUCGACAACAUUGAGAUUGACAUCCUGUUUGCCCGGUUAGCGCUGCAAACCAUCCCAGAGAAUCUGGACCUGAGAGAUGACGGGCUGCUGAAGAACCUGGACAUCCGCUGCAUCAGGAGUCUUAAUGGUUGCAGAGUUACUGAUGAGAUUCUCCACCUUGUGCCCAACAUUGAGAACUUCAGGCUGACUUUGAGGACCAUCAAGCUCUGGGCGAAACGUCAUAACAUCUACAGUAACAUCCUAGGCUUUCUGGGCGGGGUCUCGUGGGCCAUGUUGGUGGCCAGAACCUGCCAGCUGUACCCCAAUGCUGUGGCCUCCACGCUUGUGCACAAGUUCUUCCUGGUCUUCUCCAAGUGGGAAUGGCCUAACCCUGUCCUCCUGAAGCAGCCGGAGGACUGUAACCUCAACCUCCCAGUUUGGGACCCCCGGGUAACCCCAAGUGACCGGUAUCACUUGAUGCCCAUCAUCACCCCGGCCUAUCCCCAGCAGAACUCCACCUACAAUGUCUCCGCCUCCACACGGGCCGUCAUGGUGGACGAAUUCAAACAGGGUCUUGCCAUCACAGAUGAAAUAUUGCAGAAUAAAGCAGAGUGGGCCAAACUAUUUGAAGCACCAAACUUCUUUCAGAAAUACAAGCAUUAUAUUGUGUUGCUAGCAAGCGCCCCAACCGAAAAGCAGCACCUUGAGUGGGUUGGUCUAGUUGAGUCUAAGAUCAGGAUCCUCGUGGGGAAUCUGGAGAAGAAUGAGUUCAUAACACUCGCCCAUGUCAACCCUCAGUCUUUCCCGGGUCCCAAGGAAGGCAACGACAAGAAGGAGGAGGUCAGUACCAUGUGGGUGAUAGGGAUCAUCUUUAAGAAGAUGGAGGGAUCGGAGAACCUCAACGUCGACCUGACCAUCGAUAUCCAGUCCUUCACGGACACAGUGUACCGCCAGGCGAUCAGCAGCAAGAUGUUUGAGACGGAUAUGAAGAUUCAGGCUAUGCAUGUAAAAAGGAAACGGCUGCAUCAGCUGUUGCCCAACCUGGUCAUGCCUAAGCGGAGGAAGCACUCCACAGAGGGGCUGCGGCAGGUGAAUGACAGCAAUCUGGACCUGUCCUUGGACAGCGACAACAGCAUGUCCGUGCCCUCCCCCACGGCCACGCCGGCUGCCGCCGCGCCCACGUUAACCCCAGUGAAGGGUGGCGCUCCCGGCCUUACUGCGGCCGGUCAGCCAGACAUCAUGGCGUCCCCCAUGGGCCCACCGGCUUCCAAGAGACCCGGAUCUCCGCUGCAAAUGGAGAGAAAGAGGCUCAAAUCAGACACUGAGGAGUCAGCCAACGAGACAAAGCCCUCAGGAGACCCCAGCCGCCAGACGCCCUCUCCUCCUCCGACGGGAGCCCUGGCGGCCUCCAAGUCCAGCACGCCUCUCCCUAACGGCCCCCAGGCGGCCCUCCAGACUCCUGACCAGGAGGUGAUGGGGGAGCAGAGCCCUAAGGGGGAGCUCCCAAUAGACGGGGAUCCGUCCCUGGUCCCAGAGGAGAAGAGUGCAGAAGAAUGGGGUGCUCCUGCUGGCACUGGAGAAAGAGAAGAGGGAGCCACAGUGGAGGCCCAGGUCAAUGACACCAGUGUGUCUGGGGAAAUGCUCGUUUCUGAAGGGGACGUGAAGAUGGAUUCUGAAAUUAAGAAAAUGGCAAGCGCGGACUUGUCUGAUGUGCCCCUUGUGCCCGCCAACCCCAUUCCAGUUGUCAAGAACUCCAUCAAGCUUCGUCUAAGCAGGUAGGAGAGACGAGACUGGUUCCCCAAACCUCACUACGCCUUGCCUCCCGCCCACCUCUAAGAUGGUUGUUCUUAAAGUACCCAAUUACAAGUCCUCAGUCCUUCACCAAUCCCCGCAGUGUUGCAGACAGACAGACUCACAGGCGACUAAACAGAAAGACACUCACUGACAACUGGACAGACAGACUGACCGCUGUCUCAAGCAGGGAGUGGGUUGAUAUGCCUAUCUCCACGAGGGGGCGAUAUUGCCCUUCUGCUGGAUUCUCCCAGGCAGCUUUCAAACUCUGCCUCACUGGUUAAAGGAUUGGAGUUGCCUGACAGGCACAGGUCUAGGAUCAGUUGACAGUUCUUUAAGUCUUCACCUGAACUGUUAAGAGGAUAAACACAAAGCUGGUCCUGGGCCAACAUCCACGGCCCACUUUGUCUCAACCCUUCUGGAGCUACGGGUUACCAGGAAAACAAAUGUUGCACAACGAUGAUGUCACGAUGAGUCCGCGGGGACGCUUAUGUGUUCCCAGCUUCAUGGAUGAUGCUCAUUCAUCACCCCCCCCCUUGUGUUGCGUUGUCAGGAGAAGGCCGAGGUAAUGUUAAGUAAUAAUGUUGUGAAUUCUUUGUCUUGGUGGUUUGCUGCAGUGUAUGUGUGUGUUUGAGAAACACCUGGUUAAAAUGUUAAAACUUGAACAAAAUGGGGAGAAGAAAAAAUACAAAAUAAAAUAGGGUCUGUGGUCUUGGAUGUUGGGCCGCAAAAUCUCAUGUCACUAGUCUGGUUCGAGGUGAAGGACCGUGUUCUCACUCUGCCGUUGGGAAAGUGUUGUGGCCUUCAGGGUGUUUCAGGGUGUAUGGGCGAAAGGUGGCUAGGGUCAGUUCAAUUUCACUUCCAGCUAGUUUCAGUAAGUAAUUCAAUUCCAUUUAAGAUAUUUUGGAAGCAGGAUUGUAGUGCCCUUCCUGAUUUGACAGGUGUUAAAAUGGAUUGGCCACAAGCCCCACUCUCUAAUGCACACAGCCCUCACUUACCAUUGGAACAAGCUCAGUUUUGAGUUCAUACAGCUGAAAUAAUACACUCUUUGACCAAAAAAAGCUCACAGUUGUGGAAACCGAAUAAUCUAUCUCUCCGGGAUAGAAGUGUGAAUGGACAAACAGGUCUGUAAUCUAGGAAUGACACAGGGAAUUGAGACGUUCUUUCUACAUUCUGACUAAUGUUCAGAUUGUGUCUGAGGACUGGUAUCGUGGGAGAGGGCAGCAGAUGGCCAUGGAUUCAGAUUGAGGAGGUGGUCUGCUGUCAGGGGAGACUGCCCAGAUAGAACUACAAUGAGUAGAAUAGUCAUAGAACCGCUGAAUAUUCGUUGUACAGUAACCGUCAGUGUCUGUCUUGUAAAAUAACAUUGAAAUUAUGAGGAGAGAAAAAUACUUUUGUUUUUGGUGGAGUAUAAAAGACUUGACCUUUCGCCUUUGAUGGAUCUGAAUGUUUAAUAAAACAUGGUGAGAUUUAAAGGAGAGAAUAUUUGACAAGUUCUCAAACAUCACAUAGAAGGUUUAGUACACAAGACCAAUUCUCUUUGUUGGCUAUUGAUUUUUGAUUUGCUUGUCAUAGAACGGAGAUUUGCGAGAAUAGUCAACAGGUUGAAAUCUUAGUACUAGGGUUGGCAAAAGAUGCAACCAAGAUCUUAUUUUUUGUUCACAGCUUUUUGGAAAGUUUAAAAACAAUGUGUACGGAAUUUUCACUUUCUCAAUAUUUUGUUGAUGUAUUAACAACAUUUUACUUUUGUCUCAGUUAUUUGUGCUAAUCGUGUUGACUCGUAUGUUAACGAUUAAUCCGAAUUAAGACCACUGUCAACCUAUGGUGUGUUCAUUUUCUUGUGUAGAUACACUUCUCCAAUCAUGAUGAUCUUGAAGCGUUCCCCCGGUUCUUACAAUGUUCUUUUUCAGUUUUUUUUCUUAGGUGUAUUUGUAAGGCGGAGGUAUUGUACUUUUUCACAAUUAAAAGUAUACGUUGUUGCAAAGGUA